AUGCCCACGUUUCGUCACGGCCCUAUACGCCUGAACAAAGCCGAUCUGCUAGCCGGUAAAUCUACUGCCGCUUUCGACAACACACUGGACUGGACUGCUCUCCAGAUGGCCAUUAUCGGCGGCGUUGGCGACUUCUUUGGCGAGUCUACCGACUGCUCAAAACCACCCAACGCUGAAUUCAACGACCAGGAUCAUAUUGUGGACUGGUUUGCGGAGUUUGGCUUCGACGGGUCAGGAGUGUUAAUCUCGGCGGCCGCACAGAAGCCAGAGAUUCUACCAGCAAAUCCCGAAAACCCCGAAAACAAGCCCUCGAGAGCCGCUGUUACGAAGCCGACGGCAGAGUGCGAGACGAGACCAACACCUAGCCCCAGUUUAAUAAGAUUCGGCGCUCCACCUAGCAUCCCGGACAGCAUCAGCGCUGGGCAAGAGAGUAUCAAGUGUUUCCGGCACUCUAUAUAG